AAUGGGCUCUUUCUCUUGCAGCUGGACGACUGCACGCUGCAGCUCUCCCACAACGGCACCUACCUGGACUUGGAGGCCACCCUGGCCGAGCAGCGGGACGAGUUAGAAGGCUUCCAGGAUGACGCUGGGCGGGGCAAGAAGCACAGCAUCAUCCUGAGGACGCAGCUGUCCGUGAGGGUCCACGCCUGCAUCGAAAAACUGUACAACUCCAGUGGACGAGAUUUAAGAAGGGCCCUUUUCUCCCUGAAGCAGAUAUUUCAGGAUGACAAGGAUUUGGUGCAUGAAUUUGUAGUGGCUGAAGGCCUGACGUGUUUGAUCAAGGUGGGAGCUGAGGCCGAUCAGAACUAUCAGAACUACAUUCUGAGGGCUUUGGGCCAGAUUAUGUUGUAUGUGGAUGGGAUGAAUGGAGUAAUAAACCACAAUGAAACCAUUCAGUGGCUGUACACGCUCAUCGGGUCAAAGUUCCGCCUGGUGGUGAAGACAGCCCUGAAGCUGCUGCUGGUCUUUGUGGAGUACUCGGAGUCCAACGCGCCUCUUCUGAUUCAGGCCAUUUCUGCGGUUGACACAAAAAGAGGAGUCAAGCCCUGGUCAAACAUCAUGGAAAUCCUGGAGGAAAAGGAUGGGGUCGACACGGAGUUGUUGGUUUAUGCAAUGACGUUAGUGAAUAAGACCUUGUCAGGAUUGCCAGACCAAGACACCUUCUACGACGUGGUGGACUGCCUGGAGGAGCUGGGCAUCGCGGCUGUGUCCCAGCGGCACUUGAGCAAGAAAGGGACUGACCUGGACUUGGUGGAGCAGUUGAACAUUUAUGAGGUGGCGCUCCGGCACGAGGACGAGGACAGCGAUGAGACAGCGGAGCCGCCCCCCAGCGGGCGGCGGGACCGGAGGAGGGCCAGCGUGUGUUCCGGCGGCGGCUCGGGGGGCGAGCAGCGGGGCCUGGACCGCAGGCGCAGCCGCAGGCACUCCGUGCAGAGCAUCCGGAGUCCUCUGUCCGCUCCCUCCAGCCCCUGCUCCACCUCGGCUCCCGGCUUCAAGUCCAGUCAAGUGCGAGAUCUCCGCGAAAAAUACAGCAACUUUGGCAACAACUCUCAUCACUCCUCAAGGCCCUCGUCUGGAUCCAGUGUGCCCACCACCCCCACGUCAUCUCUGUCACCGCAGCAUGAGGCCAGGCUGGAAAGGUCAUCACUGAGUGGUCUUCUCACAUCAUCGUUUAAGCAGCACCAAGAGUCCUUGGCAGCGGAGAGAGAGAGGCGGAGACAGGAGAGAGAAGAAAGGUUGCAGAGGAUAGAACGGGAGGAAAGAAACAAAUUCAAUCGAGAGUAUUUAGACAAAAGAGAGGAGCAAAGACAAGCAAGAGAAGAAAGAUACAAAUACUUGGAGCAGUUGGCAGCUGAGGCGCAUGAGAAGGAGCUGAGAAGCCGGAGCGCGAGCCGGGGCAGAGCUGACCUCUCCUUGGACCUGACCUCACCGGCAGCCCCAGCCUUCCCCGCCCCCCUGAGCUGUAGCCCUUCGUCUCUAGAUUCACAGGAGGCUCUCAAGGUUUCAUCCUCCUCCCCAGGAACACCUCAGCCUCCCCAAGGUGAGUGCGGGGAGAGGAGAGGGACACUGAUGGGCAGCACGUUGGAGAGGGAGGACAAGGAGGACAGGCGCUCCCGGGACGGCGGGGCCGGUUUGUGGUCCACGGGUGUUCAGGAUGCCGGAGUAAAUGAGCAGUGUGGCGACAUCCUCACCAGCAAACGGUUCAUGCUGGACAUGCUGUAUGCCCAUAACAGAAAGCCCACGGAUGACGAGGAGAAAGGGGAGGGCGAGACCAGGAGGCCUGAGCAGGGGGCGGAGGCGGUAGCCAGCCUGGCCAGUAGGAUAUCCACCCUGCAGGCCAACGCUUUCGUCCAGGAUGAGAGUGUUAGGAAGGUGGACGUUGACUGUCUGGACAAUCGGGGCAGCGUGAAAGCCUUUGCUGAGAAAUUCAAUAGCGGGGACCUAGGGAAAGGGUCCAUCUCCCCCGAUGGCGAGCCCAAUGACAAGGUCACCGAGAAGGCGUCUGAGCAGCCGAAGACGGAAUCUGACUACAUCUGGGACCAGCUCAUGGCCAAUCCGAGGGAGCUCAGAAUCCAAGACAUGGACUUCACUGACCUGGGGGAGGAGGAUGACAUCGACGUCCUGGACGUGGACCUGGGUCACAGGGAGGCCCCAGGGCCCCCUCCUCCGCCCCCGCCCACCUUUCUGGGUCUGCCGCCCCCGCCCCCUCCGCCCCUGCUGGACAGCGUGCCUCCCCCUCCAGUCCCUGGUAAUUUAUUGGCUCCUCCUCCAGUGUUCAAUGCUCCUCAGGGCUUAGGGUGGCCCCAGGUACCCAGGGGCCAGCCAGCAUUCACCAAGAAAAAGAAGACCAUCCGUCUGUUCUGGAAUGAAGUGCGGCCGUUCGAGUGGCCGUGUAAGAACAACGGCCGCUGCAGAGAAUUCCUGUGGUCGAAACUGGAACCUAUCAAGGUGGACACCUCCAAGCUGGAGCACCUGUUUGAGUCGAAAUCUAAGGAACUGGCCGUCUCCAAGAAAACUGCUGCAGAUGGAAAAAAGCAAGAGAUCAUCGUCCUGGAUUCCAAGAGGAGCAAUGCUAUCAAUAUUGGCCUGACGGUGCUGCCCCCUCCGAGGACCAUUAAGAUAGCCAUUUUGAAUUUUGACGAAUACGCCUUAAACAAAGAAGGGAUUGAGAAAAUUCUCACCAUGAUUCCCACCGAAGAAGAAAAGCAGAAGAUCCAGGAAGCGCAGCUGGCCAGCCCGGAGGUGCCGCUGGGCAGCGCGGAGCAGUUCCUGCUGACGCUCUCCUCCAUCAGCGAGCUCUCGGCGCGCCUCCACCUCUGGGCGUUCAAAAUGGAUUACGAAACUACAGAAAAGGAAGUGGCUGAACCACUUUUGGACCUGAAGGAAGGGAUAGACCAGCUGGAGAACAAUAAAACCUUGGGCUACAUCCUGUCUACUCUCUUGGCCAUUGGGAACUUUCUAAAUGGAACUAAUGCCAAAGCGUUUGAGUUAAGCUACCUCGAGAAGGUUCCAGAAGUCAAAGACACCGUGCACAAGCAGUCGCUUCUCCACCACGUGUGCACCAUGGUGGUGGAAAACUUCCCGGACAGCUCGGAUCUGUACUCAGAGAUCGGGGCCGUCACCAGGUCAGCCAAGGUUGACUUUGAUCAACUUCAGGAUAAUUUAUGUCAGAUGGAGAGACGAUGCAAAGCCUCAUGGGAUCACCUCAAGGCAAUUGCAAAACAUGAGAUGAAACCAGUUUUAAAACAACGAAUGUCAGAGUUCCUGAAAGACUGUGCGGAGCGAAUUAUAAUUUUAAAGAUUGUCCAUAGAAGAAUCAUUAACAGGUUCCAUUCCUUUUUGCUCUUCAUGGGUCACCCACCUUACGCGAUUCGGGAAGUGAACAUAAACAAGUUCUGCAGGAUCAUCAGCGAGUUCGCACUGGAGUAUCGCACCACCAGGGAACGGGUUUUGCAGCAGAAACAGAAACGGGCCAACCACAGGGAGAGAAAUAAGACCAGAGGGAAGAUGAUCACCGAUUCUGGCAAGUUCUCUGGCGGGUCCCCGGCGCCCCCGAGCCAGCCGCAGGGCCUGAGCUACGCCGAGGAUGCUGCUGAGCACGAGAACAUGAAGGCUGUGCUGAAGACCUCGUCCCCCACCGUGGAGGACACCACCCCGGCGCUGGGCGUCCGCAUGCGCAGCCGAGCAAGCCGAGGAUCCGCCAGUUCGUGGACUAUGGGGAUGGAUGACUCGCCUAACGUCACAGACGAUGCGGCUGACGAGAUCAUGGACCGCAUCGUCAAGUCGGCCACCCAAGUGCCCAGUCAGCGCGUGGUGCCGCGGGAGAGGAAGCGCUCCCGGGCCAACCGGAAGUCUCUGCGGAGGACCCUGAAGAGCGGCCUGACUCCGGAGGAAGCCCGGGCCCUGGGCCUGGUGGGCACCUCGGAGCUGCAGCUGUGACCCCCGGGUGCCUGAGGCGUGUGCCCACCUGGACUGCAAGCUCCUGCUGGAAGGAACCCCUCCGGUGGGAGGUGAGGAGACUCUGCAUGAACACCUGAGGUUCUGAAAGUCACGCCCGUGUCUGGGUGUCACCAUGUGGCUGGUGUCACCAUGUGGCUGGUGUCACCACAUGGCUGGUGUCGCUUGCUGGGCCCUGACAUGGACCUUGGAGUCUCCUUCAUGCCCUUUCUUCAUCGUGUCAGCUGUGUUUCUCUUGUUUCCUUGACACCUGGUUUAGUAGUUCCAAAGCGUGACACCUUUUCUGUGCAGGGAACAGCCCCUUUAAGGAGCAGGUCACUUCUGUCACAGCUACUGUGGUCAUGAGGCAGUUUGUUUACGUUCACAGACGGGGGCUCUCCACAACACCAAACUAUCCAGAUGUAAACUCCCAAAUUGUACACAAAGGAAAGCACAGAUUGUUUACCAGUUGUGGAUUUUAGAUGUACUAAAUGUUUAUACAAAUUCAUAAAUGUACACCAUAUUUCAGAUACUAAAUAAACAGAGUUUAAUGCCGUAA